AACGUGAGUGAGACCAGACCGUGUUGUCGAUUGCCGAGUGAUGUUUGUUGUCAUCACGGUCUGCGUUAACGUUUGAGUGAAGUCUUUAAGAUACGUCUUCAAGGCUGGUUUAAAUAGUCGAGUUUAAGGACUGCAUCAGUCCUUUUAUUCUCGUCGAAAAUUAGUCAAAUACUACGAGCAGACACAUGGUGACCCAUAUGGACCCCACGUCUAAGUCUGGAUUGAAUCAGGUGUCAGAUGUGGUAUUUGUCAUAGAGGGAACUGCAAAUCUUGGUCCAUAUUUUGAAUCACUCAGAAAGAAUUACAUACUACCAACUAUAGAAUAUUUUAAUGGAGGACCACCUGCUGAAACAGAUUUUGGAGGAGAUUAUGGUGGUACCCAGUAUGGAUUGGUGGUCUUCAACACAGUGGAUUGUGCUCCAGAGUCUUACGUCCAGUGUCACGCCCCAACCAGCUCCGCUUUCGAGUUUGUCUCCUGGAUUGACAGCAUUCAGUUCAUGGGAGGUGGAGCAGAAAGCUGCAGUCUCAUAGCCGAGGGUCUUUCUGUGGCCCUUCAGCUGUUUGAUGACUUCAAAAAGAUGAGGGAGCAAAUUGGUCAGACUCACAAGGUUUGUGUAUUGCUGUGUAAUUCUCCUCCAUACUUACUACCAGCCGUGGAGAGCGUCAGCUACACAGGCUGCACUGCAGACAGCCUGGUCCAGAUCAUACGCGAUCGGGGGAUCAAUUUUUCUGUUAUUGCCCCCCGGAAACUUCCAGCACUUCGAUCUCUAUUUGAGCGAGCGUCCUCUGUAGCAGGGCCUCCAGAAUCCGCACAUCCCGACUACAGCCAAGACCCCUUUCACAUGGUGUUAGUAAGGGGCAUUGCACUUCCAGUAGCUUCUGGAGGAGGAGGUUCUGGCGCAGUUUCCCUUAAACCUGUCUUGCCACCCCAGGCUCUGCCUGUGUCCCAAUCUCCUCUGGGAACUGCAGCCCAGGGUCCUCCUCAAAUAAGUUCAGCUCUUACAUACCAGGCAAACCCCUCUCUAAACGCGGCCCAUAGUGCAGCACAGAUGGCACUAGAAGCAGCCAAUCAGCAGCAGAAGAUUCGAUUCCCACAAUUGGCAAAUCCUCCCUUCAGUCAAUCCGCAGGUCUAAACCCUGGUAAACCCAGUCUAUCCACAGUUACCACAGUGUCACCACCAGUGUUAACGCAGCAACAAGUUCCACCACAGCAGCCGCAGCAGCCACCACAAGUACAGCCCCCGGGCCCGCCUGCACCCAAUCAGCAGCCACCUCAGGCCCCUCAACCACAGCCUACCAAUCAGACGCCGCCACCAUCUCAGCCUGGCAUGCCUGCUGUACCAGCGCCUCAGCCGGGAGUGCAGCAGGGUGUUGCCAACAAAGUUGUGGCAUGGAGUGGGGUUCUAGAGUGGCAAGAGAAGCCCAAGGCUUCAUCCAUGGACUCCAAUACCAAACUGACACGCUCCCUGCCCUGCCAGGUUCAAGUCAGUCAAGGAGAGAAUCUAAACACAGACCAGUGGCCACAGAAACUAAUCAUGCAGCUUAUCCCUCAGCAGCUUUUGACUACCCUAGGUCCUCUGUUCAGAAACUCACGUAUGGUGCAGUUUCUUUUCACCAAUAAAGAUGUGGAGUCUUUGAAGGGGCUGUAUCGCAUUAUGGCCAAUGGAUUUGCUGGCUGUGUACACUUCCCUCACAGUGCACCGUGUGAGGUGCGCGUGCUGAUGCUGCUAUACUCAUCUAGGAAGAGGAUCUUCAUGGGACUCAUUCCUAAUGACCAGAGCGGAUUCGUCAAUGGCAUUCGACAGGUUAUCACCAAUCACAAACAAGUACAGCAGCACCGCUCGAUGAACAACGCAGCUCAGAUGCAACCAGGGCAGGUCCCGCCCAAUCAGAAUUUCCUCAACAGACCGCCGGGUCCCAUCCCCGUAACGCAUGGCAACGUGCAACAGCAGUCUGUGGUGGUGGGCUUACCCUCCGUCAGUCAAGUCACACUGAUGGAGGACCAGCAGAGACAAAACAACAUGCUGAGAGCAGUAGCCACAGGAAACCAGCAGCCACCGGUUGGUGGUGCCCCACCCAAUCAAGUAACACAAGGUCAAGCCCAGGCUCCUGGUGGCAUGCUCCGCCUCACAAACCCAGGAGCAAACCCUCAACUCCGGAGCCUCCUCCUUAGCCAACAGCAACCUCAGGGUGGGCUGCAGGGUAUGCAGGGCAUGCACCCUAUCCAGCAGAUGGGUCAUCAAGCACCAGGAGGAGGCCCUCAGAUGCAGCCCCAGUGGAGACAGUCUCACCAAGGUCAAAUGAUGAUGCCUACAGGUCCACGAGGUCCAGUCGCACAGAAUCCUGGGAUGCAACCGGUGUCCAGUGUCAUGGAGGAUGAAAUUCUUAGGGAUCUUCUUUAAGGACUACUUUAUCCAUCAGACUUUGCUUCAGAUGUUUCAUUACAAAACACAUGGGGAUCAUCCAAGCUCUAUUCCUUUAACGGUUUUUGUUAGAAGCAUACGGGAUGAAUAGAGGUAUUUAGGUGUGAUGAAAGAGAAGCAUUUUCAUACUCAUGUAUUCAUCGAUACAUUUACACACAAACACAUUUAUCACUGAAUCCUGUGGGCGGUUUUGUUAUUGUUCAUUCAGUCCAUGCGAAUGUAGGAUUUAAGAGCUAGGCUCGGUUUCAUUGCUCUCUCUCUAACCAUACGGCGCCUCAUCCCACACCAAUAAGAUUAAUCUAUCAGGUUAUUAUUGUAUUUUUAUGAAACUUUUACUUUCUAUAGAUUUUACUUUUCUUAAUUUGUCUUUGAAGUUAAGACUUUGUUGUUUUAUGAGCUGAAAUAAAGAUAAUUUUGU